GCUGGACACCCGCUUGCCAGCAGGCAUUUGACCUGGUUAUUGAGAGCCUUACCUCCGCCCCGGUGUUAGGUUUUGCUGAUCCCCAGAAGCCCUAUGUACUCCACACCGAUGCAAGCACCACUGGACUCGGUGCUGUUUUGUAUCAGGAACAGGAGGGUCAGUGUCGAGUCAUAGGCUAUGCAAGCAGAGGGUUGUCAAGGAGUGAGAGUCGCUAUCCAGCACACAAGUUGGAAUUUUUAGCACUCAAGUGGUCAGUGACAGAAAAGUUCAGUGAUUAUCUCUACGGUAACCACUUCACUGUUGUUACUGAUAGCAAUCCACUGACGUACAUACUGACCUCAGCAAAACUUGAUGCGACAAGCUAUAGGUGGCUGGCAGCACUGUCCACGUUCUCAUUCAAACUUCUCUAUCGUCCAGGAAAGCAAAAUGGCGAUGCAGAUGGACUGUCCCGCAGGCCUCAUGGGAAGCUGGCUGAUGAUCUUAAAUCUCAAAAAGAGAGAGAACGCAUAAGACAGUUUACUCAGGGUCACCUCUCUGAUCCAGAAAAUAUAGAUGCAGUAGAUCAAGCUGUUGUGCAAGCAAUCUGUGAGAGACAGCUCAUUUACAGUGUCAGUUAUGAUGGCCAAGAUUCUUCAGAUGGUGUUGCUUUAGUUGAAACUCUUGCCAUCUCAGCUACUGCUGUGCCUGACAGUUAUGGGCAAGAAGAUCACCUUGGUGGGUUGCCAGUUAUCCUCCACCUAACUGAGGCAGAGCUUGCGAGUAAACAAAGAGCUGAUCAAAGUAUAAAGCAUGUCAUUUCCCAGAUUGAGCAGGGAGAAAAACCACCCCCAACCUUGCGACAUGAACUCACUGAGCUUCCACUGUUGUUGAGGGAGUUAAAUCGCCUUGAACUCCGUAAUAACAUCUUGUACCGGAGACGCCAAGUGGGAUCUCAGACCUUUUAUCAGCUUGUGCUCCCAGCUGAACUGCGUGACACAGUUUUGACCAGCCUACACGAUCAUAUGGGUCAUAUGGGGGUUGAUCGUACACUGGAUCUUGUAAGGACCAGAUUCUUUUGGCCAAAGAUGGCUCUGGAUGUCGAGAGAAAAGUCAAAACAUGUGGCAGGUGCGUACGGAGGAAGGCGCUGCCUGAGAGAGCUGCACCUUUAGUAAACAUUAACACCACCAGACCCCUUGAGCUCCUCUGUAUGGACUUCCUCUCCCUUGAACCUGACAAAAGUGGGACCAAAGACAUACUGGUGAUUACAGAUCACUUUACUAAGUUUGCGGUUGCCAUACCAACACCUAACCAAAAGGCCCGCACAGUGGCAAAGUGUCUGUGGGAGAACUUUAUGGUGCACUAUGGAAUGCCAGAAAAGUUACACAGUGAUCAGGGACGUGAUUUCGAGUCCCGCACAAUAAAAGAGCUCUGUCGAGUGGCCGGCAUACACAAAGUAAGAACAACCCCAUACCACCCUAGGGGCAACCCCGUUGAGCGAUUUAAUCGCACGUUACUAGACAUGCUAGGUACUCUUGAAAGCUCAGAGAAAUCUCGUUGGCGUGAUUUUGUAAAACCCCUGGUCCACGCCUAUAAUUGCACCAGGAAUGAGGUGACAGGUUUUACACCAUAUGAACUGAUGUUCGGACGUCAGCCUCGUCUGCCGGUUGAUUUGGCGUUUGGAUUACCAGUGCAAGGGGGUCAGCAAACAUCACACGCAGAGUAUGUGCAAAACCUCAAGUCACGACUUGAAGACAGCUACAAGAUAGCAAUUGAAAAUGCUGCAAAAAUAGCACUCAAGAACAAAAUGAGGUUUGACAGGCGUGUGACUGCUUCGGACUUGGAAGCUGGAGACCGAGUUUUGGUCAGAAACGUUCGCAUUCGAGGAAAACAUAAGAUUUCAGACAAGUGGGAGUCAAUUGUCCAUGUGGUGGUGAGGAGAGCAGGUACCCUGCCCGUCUAUACAGUCAAACCUGAAAAUCAGGAUGGUCCUUUAAGAACACUGCAUAGGGACUUACUCCUUCCAUGUGGUUACUUGCCUACAGAGGUCAGCAAGGCACCUGGCCAGCAGCCCGCAAGACGCAAGCCAGCAACCCGUGCAAAUCCUGCUGUGGAUGAGAAUCAUUUCUCAGACGAUGAAGAUGAAAUCAUUCCUGUUUACUGUUUCAGAGAACCCCCAAAUGCUCAGUUUCCCACAGUCCAUGACAGUCUAGUGCAGCCUGAUCCAACUAUGUCUACUGUGCAGGAUAAACAGCAUUCUGAACCUCCGAGCAAUUGUCCUGUUGAGAGUCCGGUAAAUGCUCAAAAUGUUGAUUGCACUCCUGAAAUUAACAAACCACCUGAUAUGUCCAAUGGUGCCUCGGACAGUCCCCUCACACAUAAUGAUCCUAACUGUCACCACCACGACACUGAGGACCUACUUACCGAAAGAGUCAUGCUUGAUGAACAAGUUCAUGACAUCGUUAUGACCGAAAGUAACUUACCUGCUAGUAAAAACCCUGUGGAGGAACAAAACUUACCUGAUGAUGACAUUCAAAUAGAGCAGUUUCCAGUGUUCUCUGAAAUGUUAGAGAGUGAAAAGGAGAUGAGUCACAAUGGAGGUAAAGAACCAGAAGAGGAAAUAAAGGAUACAACAGUCAGGAGAUCAGAGAGAAUCCGUCAGCCGUCAAAGAGACUUGAUUAUACUGAACUUGGAAACCCCUUUGUCACAGUUGUUAAAUCAUUCUUCCAGGGGUUAACCACAGCUGUGGCUGACGUUUUAAGUGAGGGUGAAAACUCAUAUCCUUCUGUCCUGUACCCUGAGAUACAAACAGUUCAACCAUUGCCAUGUACAGGGACGUACAUGAGUUCAAAGGGGGAGAGUGUAGCCAGGUUUAAUAAUGAGAAGCCCUAUUUAGCUGUCUGACCCAGCCAUGAAAGGGUUAACUUUAAUUUUGUAUCUUUGAUGGACUUGUAAGUGAGCCAAUGGGUGAAUUGUAUGAGGCACUGAACUAACCAAUCAGCUGCCAGCUAGGCUCCGUUACAGUUACGCCUCUAGUUUUGCGUCACUGCACGUUCUUUUGGCGCUUGCACUUGAGCAUAGGAGGCUGCGUUAUCUGCUUGGUAAGAUGAGAAAACAAUAUGGAGUGAAUUAAACAAGUUCUGUAAUCAUUAUUGCUUAUACUGACUAUACCUUGCUGUAAUAUAGAGUGUAAACGAAAGCUGUGCCUGAAUCCACUGUUGUCAUGGAGCUAAAGGCAGUGAAUUCCGUUAAAAUGUAUCCUGUAGCAGUCCAUUUAUUCACUGAAUGGUAAUUGAAAGAAAUGAUUUGGCCUUAUUUAUAGGUCAGGUUUUGGUAAGAGUUGGGAACAUCGUGCAGAGAUCCUUUCCGUGG